UGACGAGUGAUUUCCUGAGCUGGCCUAGGGAAUGACAGGCAUCUCCUCGGGCAGGCUGCAUCCACCUCGGCCGAGGUGUCGUCACUGGCUGCCUAUUAGAAAAACCUACAGGACAAUGCAUACCGCCGACUGCCGACUGUAAACAUAGGGGAUGUGUGUUCACUUAGCACGGACUUCUGGGAGGGGCUAAGGAAGGGCGGUCUGCAGUUUUAUUGAAUAGAGCAGUGUGUGCCCGGCUGCCUGCCUGCCCUCUUGCUGUGCUCCUGUUUAAAGAAAUCGGUCCUUCCUUUCAGACUCGGUCCCCAGGAGGAAGUUUCAGCCUAUGAGGUAUCACUAAAACAUCCCAAGAGCAUCCAGUCGAGUUCCACAGGGAUUGGUGAUCAACCAGAAGGCGUGGACGCGGAUAUCUGAUUGCUUGCCUGUCCAGACGUCCUCUGGUCUCCCCAAACCUGAAACCGCACCAUGGAUGAUUUUGAACGUCGCAGAGAACUGAGGAGGCAAAAGCGAGAAGAGAUGCGCUUGGAAGCAGAAAGAAUCGCUUACCAGAGGAAUGACGAUGAUGAGGAAGAGGCCGCCCGGGAACGGCGCCGGCGAGCCCGACAGGAAAGGCUGCGGCAGAAGCAAGAAGAAGAAUCACUGGGGCAGGUGACCGACCAGGUGGAGGCCCACGCCCAGAACAGUGUGCCGGACGAGGAGGUCAAGGCCACCACCACGAACACACAGGUGGAGGGCGAUGAGGAGGCCGCGUUACUGGAGCGCCUGGCUCGGCGGGAGGAAAGACGCCAGAAGCGCCUCCAGGAGGCGCUGGAACGUCAGAAGGAGUUCGACCCGACAGUGACCGACGGGAGUCUGUCGCUGCCCAGCAGAAGAAUGCGAAACGACACAGCAGACAACGAAACCGAAGACAAGGAAGAGAAAAGCGAAAGUCGCCGAGAAAGAUACGAGAUAGAGGAAACGGAAAUAGUCACCAAGUCCUACCAGAAGAAUGACUGGCAGGAUCGUGAAGAGAAGAAGAAAAACGACAAAGACGAGGAGGAUGAGAAGCCAAAGCAAGGGAGCAUCAGAGAAAAUCAGGUAGAGGUGUUGGUAGAAGAGAAAACAGUAGAAACCCAAGAAGAAACAAGGGGAAUGUCUUUGAAAAAUGGGCAGAUCGGUGCAGACGAGUCUAAAGUAGAGGACGCGAGGGAACAAGGUUCAGAUGAGAUUUCCCAUAAUGAACAGGUGGAGGAGGAAGAAAGGGAAAAGGCUCAGGCAGAGAGGCUCAGGCUGGAAGCAGAAGAAAGAGAAAGAGUGAAAGCUGAGCAAGAACAAAAGAUAGCAGAGGAGAAAGCAAGACUGGAGGCAGAAGAAAAAGCAGCUGCUCUAGAGAGAGAAAGAAGGGAGGCGGAGGAGAGGGAAAGGGUUAAGGAGGAAGAGCGACGAGCAGCCGAGGAGAGGCAGAGGGCAAAGGCAGAGGAAGAAAAGAAGGCUAAGAUAGAAGAGCAAAAUCAUAAAAAGCAGCUAGAAGAGAAAAAAAGUGAAGCGCAAGAGAAAAAGAUGGAAGGGGAAAAGGUAGAAGAGACGCUAGCAGGGAAAUGGGUCAAUGAAAAGAAAGGACAAGCAGAGAGACGCCAGACAGCUGUGCACACGGAACAGGAAGAAGAAAAGGGGGCUAAAGUGCAGCCCCAAAGAGAAAAGUCCCAAGAAGACAAGCCUACAUUCAAAAAGGAAGAGAUCAAAGAUGAGAAGAUUAAAAAAGACAGAGAGCCCAGAGAAGAAGUUAAGAGCUUCUUGGAUGGGAAGAAGGGAUUUACAGAAGUGAAGUCGCAGAAUGGAGAAUUCAUGACCCACAAACUGAAACACACCGAGAAUACUUUCAGCCGACCUGGAGGGAGGGCCAGCGAGGCCAAGGAGGCGGAAGGGGCUUCCCAAGUGGAAGCUGGCAAACGCCUGGAGGAGCUGCGCCGCCGCCGCGGGGAGACGGAGAGCGAAGAGUUCGAGAAGCUCAAACAGAAGCAGCAGGAGGCAGCCCUGGAGCUGGAGGAGCUGAAGAAAAAGCGGGAGGAGCGACGGAAAGUCCUGGAGGAAGAAGAACAGAGGAGGAAGCAGGAGGAAGCAGAGCGAAAAGUCAGAGAGGAGGAAGAGAAGAGGAGGCUAAAGGAGGAGAUUGAGAGACGAAGGGCGGAGGCUGCUGAGAAACGCCACAGGAUGCCGGAAGACGGCCUGUCAGAUGACAAGAAGCCGUUCAAGUGUUUCACUCCUAAAGGUUCAUCUCUCAAGAUAGAAGAGCGAGCUGAAUUUUUGAAUAAGUCUGUGCAGAAAAGUGGUGUCAAAUCAACUCAUCAAGCGGCAGUCGUCUCCAAGAUCGACAGCAGACUGGAGCAGUACACCAGUGCCAUUGAGGGCACAAAAACUGCAAAACCUACCAAGCCAGCAGCCUCGGAUCUUCCUGUUCCUGCUGAAGGCGUUCGCAACAUCAAGAGCAUGUGGGAGAAAGGGAAUGUGUUUUCGUCCCCCACCACGUCGGGCACACCCAACAAGGAAACGGCUGGCUUGAAGGUGGGGGUCUCCAGCCGCAUCAGUGAAUGGCUCACUAAAACCCCCGAUGGAAACCGGUCACCUGCUCCCAAACCUUCUGAUUUGAGGCCAGGAGACGUAUCUGGCAAGCGGAACCUCUGGGAAAAGCAAUCUGUGGAUAAGGUCACAUCCCCUACUAAGGUUUGAGACAGUUCAAGAAAGCAGCCAGAGUAGCCCCUUCAGAGGCUGGACCCGCCCAGUUGCAGAGGGCUGACCUGCUCUGUGUUAUAUUUAUGUUGAUUUACUAAAUUUGGGUUAAUUUCCUUUUGUUUUAUUUCUCAUAAUCCCAGUAAAGCCAUGUAUAUUAUCACUCUAUUUAAUAAUCACAGUCUAGAGAAGUUCGUGGUAAAAGUACUGCCUUUGCACAGGAGCCUGUUUCUGAAGAAACCCAUGCUGUGAAAUAGAGACUUUCCUACUGAGCAUCGUAGCCCGGAACAGCGACGCCAACACAUCGGAGCGCAGACCAAAGGAGGUGCAUGUGGGAAAUUGCCCGAGGGUGUGCAGUAGCCAGAAAAAAACAAACCAUAGUGUGCUUUGUCAUUGUUGUUUUCCAUUUUCAAUACAGAAGUCGUGUUGUUUCUGCACUUUAGAAUAAAGCAUGGAAAAAAUCAUCGUAGUAGGCAAUCAUAACACAUUCUGAAAGUAACCCAUUGCAGAUUUGAGAUACUGCAAUAAUGAUUUUUCUUUUCAAUGUACUGUUAAGGUAUUCCUUUUUUCAUGCUCAUGCAUAUCUAUGUUGGAUGAUGAUGCUAGAAGACAGUGGUACCCAUAUCUUUAGGUUGGUUGCUUUGUGGAUUUCUUUGGUAGUGAUAGUCAACCACAUUUUAGGUGGCUUGUUCAUGUAUGUAUGUGCAUCCCUAUACAAACACACGAACGGUAGAAAGCUUUCUCAUGUGCUAGGCUAUUAUAUUUAGCAGCCUGUCCUUGUAACUAGCCAACAUCACAGCUUUUCAAAAAAUUAAAAAUCACAAUAUAUUAAUAUUCAUAUUUGCCAGUAGAGACAUGGCGGAAUGGGUCUCGAUGUGUGUUCAAGGCCCUGUAGACAACCUGUAGAAAAAAGGAGAGAUUUGAAAUGUCAAAAUGAAUGGAUAUUUUCUAUAAAACAUAGUAUUUAGCUUAUAAUUAAAAGCAAUCUUGAAGCCCAGUGUGAAUUUUACCCAGUCUGCCAUCUGGGUCAAACAGAAAGCUCGCUGAGAACUUUCUUCUGUUAACAAUCAAGUUCCCAACAGGGUGGCCUGCAUGAUACCUGAGGUCUCUUCCUCAACUAAAAUCGAAAGCUGAGAAUUUCAGCGACAAGAUUGUACGGACUGAAAUUCCAUUUAUGGGCACAAAAGACCAACUAUGGCUAAUGUCUGCAAGCAAAGAAGAAAAGUAAGCAAAAUCCAUACUUAGAAGUCAUGAUAGUCCUUCUAUCUUUAAUAUACUGAACCAUUUUUUAACUGAAAUGUUUCUACUUUUAUUCUUAGUCAUUGGUACUUAUCAACCAUAAGUUGAUCAUACGCUGAACUUUCCAAAAAUAUAUAUAAUUUGCACUAGGUGUACCAUUUUCCCCAAGAAUCUGUAUUGACUUUUCUUGUUUACACAUGCUGCCCAACAUCGGCUCUUAUUUUAGCAUGUCAGGAAGUGUCCCUCUGGUCCUCACGAUGAUGGUAAGAGAGCUCUCCAAUGUCUUGGCAAUGUGUUCUAGCAUAGUGAUAUAUAGGGUAGUUCCGUAAACUUAUACCUCGUUUGACUUAACCAAAAGUGUCCUAGCCUCCAUUCCUACCAGAAUGAGGGAGCCUCCCACAUGACUGUCUUCUAAUCUACAGUCUUCCUCUAGAAGAGCUAGCCAGGGCAGGGCUGGCAUGAGCCAGGACCACUGCCUGGCAAAGUCUAUUUUCCUCAAAAAUCAGUCAAGAGUAGUUGAAUUCUCUAGCUUUUUGCACACCUGGGCCAAAGGAAGGAAAGCCACCAAGACAGGAUAGAUAGGACUCUAUGAGAACGUAAACUAGAAUCCACCUGUAGUGUCUGGGUGAGCAUCGCCUCCCAUCACUGGAGUGAAAUGGACCAAAGUUUGAAUGGAGGCCCAUGUUGAUGCAGCAUUUGCUUCGUUGUACUUUUGAACAAGAGCUUCUCCUGAUCACUAUUAUGUAUUUUUUUUCUCAAAAGUCUAACGUUGAGAUGAGAAGAGAAUAUAUCGAUCCUGACUUUUAUUCCAGGGUUCAGAUGGAAUAAGUUUUAGGGUAGAAUUUUGUUCCGUUUUGGAUUUAAUCUUUUGAAAAAAUGAAGCCCGUGUUUAUUGGUUUGAUUACAGUUAUCUUUAAGAGGUAAAAGUGCAAAGUGACUAGCAUGUUCUGUGAAUCUGCCAUUCCUGAAAAUUUUAUCAACACUUGAUAUUUUUCACUGAUAAUUGAUCGCUGCAAUAAAUAUAUAUUGUGAAAAUGCAUCCACAAUAAAUGGAAUUCCUCCAAAUGUCA